GGUCUUAGAUGGCCUGAGUUUGGGUAGCUACCACCUCCUUGACGUUCCCCGCAUUCCGCCUGGCACUGCUACCACCAUAUCACAGCCUUCCAGCGAAGACCAUUGAUCCACGGUGCCGAAAGACGGACAGGACAUGAUGAGUGUCACCGGGCAGCGAGGAAUGCCCGAGGGCGAGAUGUUCCUGAACCGUCCGGCUGACCGCGACUCACCUACAAUCAUUGAACCACUGCGCAUUAACAAAAGGACCUCCAGCGCAUCCUCCAGCGUUCCCUCAUUACCUGGUAAACAGAGCCCAGCUCCUCAACACCCAGCCCAAAGUACCACAGUCUACCCCAUGCCCUCUUUGCCAUACCCCGACGACAGGCCUAGGCAACAAUCGCAAUCGUCACGGACGAACGGCAACCUCGCAGCCAAUCCCUAUCCCUAUCCAGACGUUAGGAGAGUGGCUUCCCCAGAGCAAAAUGCGAAUGGUACAAGACACCAAGCACAAGGGAGGACAUCAGGAGAUGGUCGGACAGGCCAGACCCUGGCAGAACGUCGUGGCACAGUGCCUAAGCCUCUGCCAGAAUCACCGGGACCAGAUGCGCCGGAUAAAGAAGGUCUAUUCCAACGGCCCCCUCAACGUGGUGAUGCUCCUCUCACAGCACCAUUACCGGGUACACAAGGUCAGAACCAGCAGACAUAUUGGCCACCUCCCUCAACCUCGUCCACGGUGGACGCUCUGAACAGGCUCAAGAUCAGAGAUCCGUCCUCCAUCAAUCGCAUAAGCUCCACGGCUUCGACAUCCACUACCAGGGCUACGAGGGGCUCACCUCCUCCGCCUGAAACACCCGUCGUCGGCCCUGGACUACGACCACAGACUGACAUUGAAGCUCGAUAUGCCGCGUCUGGAAUUGCUGGCACAGCUACAUUGAACAGCCUGCAGGCUCAAAGUUUGGCUGCACAACAAAGGGCUGCACAUUAUGGUGUUACCGCACCCGCCCCUGCACAGUCACAAAAUGACCCACCUAGACGACCAUGGACGCCGACUGAGGCACCAGGCACCAGCGCGCACCCAGCACCCACAAUUUAUCAGGGCAUGGGAAUUGUAGAGUCAUCUGCGCAAACGGCCUCACCAGCCCCUGCACCGCAACCUGCGGCAGUUCACUCUCCGACGCGAGCGCAACAUCCCAUGGAGAAUGAAAUUGCUAGGUUGCAACCUCAUGAAGAACCACCACCUGCAUAUUCACAGGUUUCUGGCAGAGCAAAUGCUGGUCGUCCGGCUGAGAAACAGCGACAGAGCGUGGUGGGCGCAGCAGCCCCAGCAGUUGGAACAGGACUCGUGGGUGCAGCUGCGGCGGCCACCACAGCGAACGCACUGCCCGGCACGCAAGUGCCCAAUCAAGCAGAUCAUCCAGCAUUUGCAAAUGAUCCACGGCAGAAUACACAGAGCCCUACGACGCAUCCACUUGCCAAUGGUCAAGCACAGCAUGCACAAACCGCAACGCCUCAGACACCGUCACAAAUCCCUCCAGCAUCUCCUCCCCCACUCCCCGAGGGAUGGAUUGCCCAUAUGGAUCCCAAUUCAGGACAGUAUUACUAUAUCCACCUUCCCACACAAUCGACUCAAUGGGAAUUCCCGAAAGGUCCCACACCGCUCAAUCUGAAUGAGACACCCUUGUCACCAGUUGCCAGUGUAUACCAAAACCCUUUGGCGUCCCCUGGUCUGUCUUUCGCGCACAAGCCUCUGGCAUCACCGGGGUUGCCUAUGACGCCAGGCUACGAUCAGCAGAGUAUUAUGGGCAUGUCAAGUCCCGCUGCAUUCACAGGUCCACCGCCAAGUAGUGGGAUCGAUAUAUACAAGGUCGUGGCCACCAAUGGUGUCUACUUUGGUCCAUAUCUCCGAUAUGCCAAUAUGGAUAUUGAGAGAGGGAUCUGGUUCGGGUCUAUCCUUCUUGUGACAGAUGCUCCUCAGCCACCGACCAUUCACAUACACCAAAGUCUUGACCUCUCCCCAAAUCCCCGUCAGCUCAAAGCGGCCAAUAUUUCGACCCACCAACGGUGGAGUUUCUACAAAUACGAUGUCGACCUUCUCAUGGACGAGUCUGGGCCAGCGAAAUGGACCUAUGCGAUCACCUCCCAUCUUGGCUGCACCCGUUACGAGUUUUUAGUUGCUGGGAAGCACGAGGCGAACUGGCGCUUCAUUACCACGUCCGGUAACGACUUCUCGUUGAAUGUCAGUGCCAAUGAACGCGCAAGACUAGGAGGUGUGGGAUUUAUGUGGAAGGACAUUAUGCAAAAGCAUGCUGAAUGUGGUGGCUUCCACUGCCAGCUCGGCUUAGGAAGUCAAAUCUAUGCCGACAGAAUGUGGAAAGAGAUUCCCUCUCUGAAGCAGUGGUUGGCGACAAGCGGAAAAGAAAACAGAAAGAAUGCCGUCUGGACGGCAGCUCACGAAGAAGACGUGACUCAUGCGUAUUUUCAUUAUUACACGAGUCAUUUCGAUCAGCCUUAUUUGCGUGAAGCUUUUGCUCAGAUUCCUUAUGUUCUUACGCUUGAUGAUCACGACAUUUUCGAUGGGUUCGGUUCAUAUCCGGAGUAUAUGCAGUUUAGCAACAUGUUUAAAAACAUUGGACGUGUUGGUAUUGAGAUGUAUCUGCUUUUCCAACACCACACGACCCUGGAGCUGCUCCGCAAUGUCUCUGACGAUCGAGACUUGUUCACCAUCACAGGCACGGGAUGGCAUUUCGUGAAAUUUCUCGGUCCAGCAGUCGCCGUGGUCGGCCCAGACACAAGAAGCGAACGAAAUCCCCAUCAAGUCAUGGCCGGUCCGACAUACCAGGGUCUAUUCCCGAAGAUUGCAAUGUUGCCUCAAACGAUACAGCACUGUCUCAUGAUGGUACCUGUGCCUCUCAUAUACCCUCGGCUUGACGCGGCUGAGCAGAUUGCUCAUACUGUGGCUACGGGUAAGAAAGCCGUGACAGGGGCAUAUAAUGUAUUGGGAAAGGUUACCAGCUCGGUCGCUGGAGUUGUCGGAGCGAAGAGUGCAGUCGGCUCAGGAUUUGAUUCGGUGAAACGUGCUGUUGGCAAAUCAGGUCUUAUGGGUGGGAUCCUGAAUCCCUUUGGGGAUAUCGAUAUGCUUGAUGAACUGAAAGACCAAUGGACCCAUGAAUCCAAGGACCUCGAACGAACGUACUUCCUCCGCACGUUGCAAGGCAUCUCGCAUCAGAGAUCAAUACGUUUCACAUUUGUCUCUGGUGCCGUAAAUGCCUGUGGAGCUGGACUGGUGCACGACCCGUCACACCCGUCGGAUCACAAGACGAUGUAUCAGCUAAUUUCAUCCCCUGUCGUCAAUACUCCACCGCCGGGCUACGUGAUGAAGCUCUUGAACAACAACAAGCCGCUUUACAUUCCGGCCAAUGGGCAAAGAUCGACGCCGUCACAGCCGACUGAUACCAAGGAGGACAUGAUGGAGAUUUUUACGCACGAUGUGACUGGUCAACCCAUCAACAACCGGAAACUAAUGGCGAGGAGGAACUAUGUGGCUGUGGUAGUCUACGAUCCAGAAGUGGUCAACGGCACAUUUGGCCAAACAGGCAUGCACAGGGGAUCCGGCAAGCUGAGUCUGGCGGCCGACUUUUUGGUACAAGGAGAGGGAGCUUAUGGGAAUGUGGUGAAAUAUGGACCAGUGGUUGUGCCCAGCCUGGAGUAUGGGCGAUGAGCGAGUCAGAGAAGACAUGGCGAAAGACGAUCUAACAGUGCUGCAAAUGUCAGUGGUUUUAUCAUGUUGGGUCUUGCAUAGCGACUGGCGUGCCCCGCAGGUGUCUGGUUAUUU